UUGAAUUUGGGCUGCCAACGGCGCCGUCCAUCGCUACAAAGUAGCCGCCCGUUCUGAAAAUUAUCGUCUCCCGUCCGGCACAGAGAGAGAGAGAGGAGGCUACACUUGGGGUUGGUGAUUACGGCAUCGUCACCGGCGAUGGCGACGCAAACUGGCGUAGGUUUAUCUAAGAUCCUCGUAUUGUGUGGAGCAGGCUACACUGGUACAGUGCUGCUUCAAGACCGCAAAUUAUCCGACUUGUUGGGCCAACUUCAGACUGUAGUGAAAGGAUUGGAAAAGAAUGGGGACUCAUCGGAGGCUGACUCUGACCAUUCUGAUGCCAUUGCUGCUCAGGUGCGUCGAUUAGCAAUGGAGGUCCGACAACUGGCUUCAUCAAGACAGAUAACCAUUUUGGAUGGGAAUUCUAGCCUAAUGGGUAACAUGACAUCUCUUGCUGUGCCAGUUGCUACCUUGGGAGCAUUGGGCUAUGGGUACAUGUGGUGGAAGGGUAUUUCAUUCUCGGACCUUAUGUAUGUGACAAAGCGUAAUAUGGAAAAUGCUGUUUCAAACCUCACAAAACAUCUGGAGCAUGUGUCUGAGGCCCUUGCUGCAGCAAAGAGGCACUUGACUCAGCGAAUUGAGAACUUGGAUGGAAAAUUAGAUGAGCAAGUGGAGAUAUCAAAGUUGAUUAAGAAUGAGGUUACUGAUGUUCGUACUGAUCUUUCUGAAAUUGGCUUUGACUUGGAUGCUCUACAGAAGAUGGUUUCUGGUUUGGAUGGAAAGAUAUGUACAGUAGAAAGAAAACAGGACAUUGCCAAUGCUGGUGUGUUGUACUUGUGCAACUUUGUUGAUGGGAAAAAAAAGGGAAUGCCAGAAGCUGUACAGGAACAACUAAAGCCUUCUGGGAAAUCUCGUGGUCUUCUCACCUAUUCUGAAGCACCAAGCCUAAAGGGUCUGAAGGAGAUAGCUGAUUCUUUAUUCUCGGAAAAUACCAAUAAGUCAAUAACAGAUGGUACUUUGCAAGUUGGAUGACGUGCCUAAGACAGUAGCAAGAUGUGCCAACCAAAUGUUGAUUCAACUAUUUUGAUGAAGAGAUCAAGUUGAUUUGUUCUUUCAGAAAGCCCGUGGAGGACGACCAUCGAUGUCCAAUAACAAGAAUUGGGGAUCGCAUACUUGUCUGCACUCUAAUUUGAUCCGGCACUACAUAUGUGGCUUAAGAUUGUCCUUGUGAUGAGACAUAAUUCUUUUCUUCUUCAUUUACAUCGAUUAGUUCCUCGGAAUUGCCCUACUUUGAUGUACAUAUUUGACACUGAGUGCAGCGCUCUCUUUGUCUUUGUUUUACUAUUCUAUUUAUUUCGAAGUAUAGAGUUCUGGAA